AUGGAACUACAGUCGUUGUCAACUUGUUCCAUAAAUUCUACCAUUACCAAAUGUAAUGAAAAUAGCAUCAUUUGUAAUGGCACAUCUUGUUUACAACCUAUUGAUAAUUUCAAUGCUAUUCUUAAUACUGUAUUAAGUACUGUCAUUACAAUUAUGUUGGCUUUGGUUAUGUUUGCCAUGGGCUGCACUGUGGACAUAAAAAAGUUUUGGGGUCACAUAAAACGUCCUUGGGGUAUAGCAGUAGGCUUUCUGUGUCAGUUUGGAAUAAUGCCUCUUACAGCCUUUGUAUUAUCUCUUGCCUUCGAUAUCCAUCCUGCUCAAGCUGUUGCAGUCUUAAUCAUGGGAUGCUGUCCAGGAGGAACUAGUUCCAACAUUUUGGCAUAUUGGGCAGAUGGCGACAUGGAUUUAAGCAUAAGCAUGACGACUUGUUCAACCUUACUUGCCAUGGGAAUGAUGCCUCUGUGCCUCUUCCUUUAUACCAAGAAAUGGGUUGAUUCUGAUUCCAUAGUGAUUCCAUAUGAAAGCAUAGGAAUAUCGCUAGUAACUCUUGUGGUACCAGUUGGAAUUGGGAUGUUUGUAAAUCAUAAAUGGCCUAAACAAGCAAAGAAAAUUCUCAAGGUUGGUUCAAUUACUGGAGGCAUUCUCAUCAUUAUUAUAGCUGUGAUUGGUGGUGUUCUAUACAAGGGAUCCUGGGCUACUUCGCCUAAAUUAUGGAUUAUAGGCACAAUUUUCCCAGCUGCUGGAUACACAUUGGGCUUUUGCUUGGCCUGGUUAUCUAACCAAUCCUGGAGAAGGUGUCGUACGGUGGCACUGGAAACUGGCAUGCAAAACACACAGCUCUGUACUACCAUAGUACAACUUUCGUUUACUCCUGAACAACUUAACUUGAUGUUCACAUUUCCACUAAUCUACAGUAUUUUCCAGCUUGUAUUUGUGUUUGUACUAUUAUUAGGAUACCAACUAUACUUAAGAUACUAUGGGAAAAAAUCAGAAGAUGACAUAAAAGAAAUAGAAGAAAACAAACCUGACUCAUCAUACGAAAAUACAAAUGGAGGGUUUGAAAUUGAUGAGAAACCUAGCGCUAGCAAUGGAGACAUCACUGCAAAUUCCUGA